AUGAGUGCUUCGCUUGUAAAGACCUACAAUGCUGCUGAAUGGGUGCUGGGUCUCACGAGUCUGGCCAACCAUGGAGUGAUAGCUUCUCUAUCUGAUGGCUCACUUAGGUUGUAUGCAAGUGACCCAACGAGGUCUAGUUUGGACAUCUCUCGGGUUAAAGCUCACACAGAAAAAGUCAGCGGAAUACGACUGGUUGAUGGCGAAAAUCUGAUAGUGUCUAGUGGGUCCGAUACCGUCAAAGUGUGGGAUUUGAGAAGCUGGAACCAAGGGCCUGCCAUCGCGUACAAGAAUGAUAGAGAUGUGGAGUUCCUAAGUGUUGGGGCUGGUCAUGGCAAAAUUGCAGCUGGAACCGAGCUUCAGCGACCAGAUGCUGAACUCUAUCUGUGGGAUCUCAGAUCUACAGUACCUCUGAGAAAAUUUGUGGAUUCUCAUCAGGAUGACAUAACAGAGGUACGCUUCCACCCUACCAACCCCGAGGUGUUGCUUUCUGGAUCCACGGAUGGCUAUGUGAACAUCUACGAUCUCACAAUUCCGGAAGAAGACGAUGCUCUCCAUCAAGUGAUAAAUUUUGCAUCCAUACAUUCGGCGAACUUUUUGUCCAAUAAUCGAAUCUACACCCUAUCGCAUAUGGAGACUUUCGCCAUACACGAAUUGAAUGACAAGUCUGACGAUAACAAAGAACCCAAACCGGUUGAGUAUGGAGAUAUUCGUGAAACAUGGGGCUGUGAGUAUGUUGUGGACCUGUAUCCAGGCUUCGUCGCCUGUGGAUCCAGCUCCAAAAGCGAAUUGAAGCUUUACAAGUUUGAUGCCACGAAGGAGAAGGUCCGUCGCAAACAUCCGGUGUUUCUUCCGGGGGCGCACGGGGAUGAAGUAGUGAGAUCUGUGCAUGCUACAGACGGACUAGUGUUUACUGGUGGAGAAGACAGCAAGCUGAAGGUGUGGAAAACAGAGCCUGCAUUCACCACAUCUGAGUCGUUUUUCAGUUCGGAUGAAGGCAUGGAGGUGGAUAGAGAGAUUUCCCCCAAAGAAAGUGCCAAAUCCCAAAAGCAUGAUUCUGAUACUAAGAAGAAGCACAAAAAACACAAAAAACACAAACAUUCUGGUGAAAGGUUUAAGCCAUACUGA